AUGUCCUAUCCUUCCGCUUCUCAGGUCUGGAGCUCGUGGCCGAUAGACGACGUUGACGCGUUGCUGGGACUCGAGGCCACUGAGAUGGACCUUGUUCCGCCUCUGCAAGACACGUUUGGGUGGGCUUUGCCCAAUGGCGAGUUACCAGCAGUUGAUGCUAUGAAUCUCCCUCUUGAACGUCAAACAUGCCUCACUCUGUCUCAUGAUGCCGAAUCGGCAACUCCACCGUCAGAGCUCAAAUUGCCUGACCUGCCAGACAUCUUGCAGCUCAUCGAUCUCUUCUUUGAGAAGUGCUAUCACUACUUUCCCGUAAUCCACAAGCAGACCGCACUAGACGCCAUCAAAUCCGAAGGAACCGACGGCAUACCAUUGGUACUACUCUAUGCCAUCAUCGCCGCUGCAGCAGCUGUCCACCCCAACUGCCGGAUCCGACAAUCACAGCGGGCCUGGUACGAACAGGCAAAGAGUCUAGUAUCAAAAGAGAUACAGCAGCCGCACCACGUCCUUCAAACGUUACAGGCUGCGAUAGUAGUAAUCUACCUAGGGCUGGCCCUCGUCGACUAUUCGUCCUCCAUUAUCAUUCUCGGCGAGGCUUGGAGAAAGACUGUUGCCGUCGGUCACAGUUAUGGCGACGGACUGCGGAAUCUGAUUGUACAGACGCUGGGAACACAAGAAAAGGCCAAGUGGAUAGAGAAAGAAGAGAUUAAGAGGAUCUCAUGGAUGCUCUUCAUCAUGGACCGUGGGAUGUGCUAUCCUAUUGGAUUGAUGCAUGCGAUUGAUGAUCGGAGGAUGAAGAUGGAGUUUCCCAUGUCGGAGGAUGACUUUCAGAGCACUGAAGCACCGCCUUCAUGCUCUAUGGAUCGAUUCACCUACAAUCUGGAUACUCUCAUAACGACGAUGCGAGACAGAAGCCUGCGGGGCUCAGCAACGCAGCUGCAGUACAUCAUUCUGGGAUACGCACUCCUAGGGCGCAUCAGCGAAGCACUCGACCAUACCGACGACGGUGACGAGGCACGCAGAGAGCGACUGGACACCCUCUGCGCACAACUUGCCAAGAUCCGGCUGAUACUUCCUCGCUCCGCCACAGAGCUCUCCAUGGCCAAAUACGAUGAGUUCACGGGAGUCGUUUGGCUCAACAUUGUCCUCAACGCAUGCACGGCUCUUUUACACCACCGACCUCUCCGCGAAGGAGAGUCCCUCGACGAUGCUGAAACAGAUAUAGCCAGGCACUGGCCCUACUGCGUUGCUGCUGCACGAAACACGAUAUCUAUCCUACGAGACGCCUCUCGAGUAUCCAUCGACUUCGUCAGCAACGCGCACUUUCCGUGUCUGAUAUUCACCACCUCCCGAAUACUCCUCGUCGAGUAUUUCUACCCCUCUAAAUGCGACAAGAGCGCUCGUGAUCCAAAACUUCGUGAAGAUCUCGAGGUAGUUGCCUUGACAUACAUCAGAAUGAGAGAAGAGUGGCGUGGCUUGGGACAAAAGUUUGGCAAGGGAAUGUAUUACUAUUUACACCGAGGGGAGGAGUUUGCGCGUGAGACAAAGGCCGCUGGUGCGAGGACCUUGCUCGGCGUCUGUGAUACCUGGAUCACCAUUCCCGAUGAUUUUGAUCUCACUAUCCCGGGAUGA